AUGGAUUUUGAUAUAAUUUUAGAUUAUUUGGGACAUUUUGGAAAAUUCCAAUGUUAUGUGAUGCUUUUAGCCGGCAUUGCCCAAAUCUUUGGGGGAAUGCAUAUACCUUCUAGCAUUUUUUUAACUCCCAUGGAUAUAUCUCCCAAAUAUUCGUCAAGGUGUUUUAUUCCAAACUGUGAUAAUAAUUCAACUGAAUAUUUUGAACAAUUUGUUCAGUUCGCUAUUCCUAAUGUCACUAAUGAAUAUGGGAAUCAAGCACCAAGUCCCUGUGAGAGGUACGAGACUAUUUCCAGUCAGGAGUAUUGUGCACCGGCAGCAUUUGAUAAGAAUAGAACAGUGUCUUGUGAAUCUUUUGUCUGGGAUCAUUCUGAGUUUGAAGAAACAGUACUGUCAGAGUUCAACAUAGUGUGUAAGAAGAGCAAGAAAGCUACAUUGUCAAGCUCAAUUUUCAUGUGCGGCGUGCUUUUUGGAUCUGCAGGAUUUGGCAUGAUUGCUGACAAGUUUGGCCGCAAAAAUGUGAUGAUGUCUGCUUCUCUGAUCAUGUUAGCAUCCUCUAUAGGAACAUCAUUUGCACCUAGCUUCCAGAUAUUUUCUUUGCUGCGUUUUGUGACUGCUGCUGCAGUGAGUGGUCUGUUUCAGACUGGAUAUAUUUUAGCUGUUGAGUUUAUUGGCCCUUCAAAGCGUCUCAUUUGUGCCAAUAUUAUGCAGAUUAUUUUUGCGAUUGGAGAAUUGAUCUUGGCUCUGGUGGCUUAUUUUGUCAGACAGUGGAAGAUUCUGGAAUUGGCGAUUUCUGUACCAGCAGCUGUUAUGCUUGUGUAUUAUUGGUUGUUACCAGAAUCGGUAAGGUGGCUUAUUUCAAAGGGGAAACACAGGAAAGCCAAAAAUACCAUUCUAAAGGCUGCAAAGUGGAAUAAAGUUACUAUUCCAGAGCAUUUGCUGAGAGCUGCUGAAUAUAGCAACAUUGAUUUUGAGCAAGAUGAAAGACAACAGUCAGUUGGACCUAUGAGUUUAGUCAAAACGCCUGUGAUAAGAAAGUGGUCAAUGAAUAUAUUUUUCAAUUGGAUUGUAAAUGCAAUGGUUUAUUAUGGACUGUCCCUAAGUGCUUCUCAUUUGAGCGGGAGCACCUACGGGAAUUUUGCAAUUUUGGCGGCUGUGGAAAUUCCUGCUGUACUUCUGGCCACCUGGGCACUCUAUUACUGCGGCCGAAGAAAAGUUCUGUGUGCUGUGAUGGUUUUUGGUGGAGUGUCUUGUAUUGGAACCAUAUUUGUGCCUAAAGCUCUCUCCUGGAUUUCUACAUUGCUGGCUAUUUUGGGAAAAAGUGCAAUUGCUGCUUCGUUUGCUAUCAUCUACAUCUAUUCUGCAGAAAUCUACCCGACAGUGUUGAGGAGUACAGGCAUAGGAAUCAGCAGCAUGUGUGCCCGUUUUGGAGGAAUUAUUGCUCCUUUCAUUAAUGAAAUGAGGAAAUUGUACAGUCCACUACCAAUGAUCAUUUUUGGUGCUGCUUCCAUCAUUUCUGGAUUCUUGGCCCUAGCUCUUCCCGAAACACAUAACAGGCAGCUACCAGAGAGCAUCGAAGAAGCCGAAAGUCUCAACAAUUCAAGUGGUUUUGAAAGGAUGAUGUCCAGAUCCAGGAACUUGCCCAUCAUCGGCGGUGCCUCCUCUCCCCGAAUCCACAGACGGAAUUUAGAUGAGGAGCGCAGUAGACUCAUUGAGACGUAAUCCAGUGGAUUACUGUUUCUUUUUUUUCUUGAGUCGAAAAUCUGUGAUUUAUUGGAGUGAUGAAGUGUUCAUCGCUGUGACUCUAUGCUGGAAUUUCAUACACAGUAUCAAGAAAUAAUUUCUACCAUAAAGAAUCUUCUAUGUUUACUUCAUUUGAGCCGACGGUGUCGUCGAUUUUGUGAAAUAGACAUUUUACAGCUCCAUAUCAGAAAUGGAUUGGUUGUGUUAUAAUUUCUUACUGUUGCUGUUUUUGAUCAUUGAAGCAAUAAUUUCAGUUUGGUAUCAUUAUUUUAUUGUUGAUGGUACGAUGCUCUGCAAGUAUGUGGAGAAGAAAAUCGUUUUUAUUUUUCAAAUUUCAUUUUAAAUUUUUAUCAUUUGCAUCUUGCCGUUGAGUGUAAAUUUAGAUUUUGAUUGCAAGAUGACAGGCUACUUCUAGAAAUUUCUAGAAUGAAAUCAUCUGGCUGAGCUUGGUUACUGCAUGAGCAAUUGCCCUGUGCUCUCUCACUUCAAAGAGUCAUAAAACUGUUUCGUAAAGCAAUUUUCCCUGGAAGUAUUAUUUCUAAUCUUACAGGCUGUGGUCUAUCCAGAAUUUUUCUGGCUGAUUUUGUACUUGGCAUGUGUGAAUUUUUUUCAGAGUGCAAGUGGUUUAGAAAGACAGUCUUUUAAGGUUCUAUGUGUGUCUUGGUUUUCAUCUGCCUUGGACGGGAAGAUAACCUUAGAUUUACCAGAAUUAUUGGUUUAUCUCAUAGAUGUAGUACAAUAAAAAACAGCUCCAUGGGCAAUCAAGCCUUUCUUGUAGACAAGCAAGCAACCAAAAAAUGUAUGUGUGCAAGCAAUUUUUGCAAUCACCUGAUAAGAUGCAAAAAGCGUUGCGGCUCAGUGGGUUGGCUAUGCUUUUUGCCCAUUUACUUCAAGUUCCCAACGUCCAAUUGCCGCCAGUGGCUGUUGCUAUGACGUUGUACAUCUAGUUAUACUACAUCUGUCGGUUGGUCAUCUCAUUUCAUAACUAUCUGCUUUAAAAAAAAUCAGGGUUUGAAAUUCUUAUAAAAAUAACUUGUUCUACUUAUUAAUUUUUAUUUUCAGACUUUAGGAACAUAUUAUAGCAUUUUUUAAAACAGGAAAGGGGAGCAAUAACCCUACAUGGCUUUUUCUCGGGGUUGAGAAUUGAUCUAUAAUGCAGUUGAUAAAAAUAAAACAUCUGCUCAAAGUAGCGGUGUUUGUGUCUGUUAAUAUUCGAGUUGUUCUAAAAUUUUGUCAAAGUUAUGUCCUUAUUUCUUUCAUCUUUCCACUCCAAUCCCUGCUAUGGCCUUAAGGAUAUACAAUAAUUCUGUUUAUCAUGUCAAACGUGAUAAAGCCUUGUUUCUAACAAUUUUAAAUAUUGGAAAGAAAAUUUGAGUUAAUGACAGAAAAGCUUCUUUCUAAAGUAAAGUUUCCCUCAUUGAACAACAUAAAAUUAAUGGAACCUGAUUGCCAGGUUGAAGGGGUAUAAUUUGAAAAUUUCCAGCUUUUAAUGGAAUUAUAUAUAAAAGCAGUGUAUUUCUUAUUGCAAUAUGUAAUAACAUAAUUAUAAAAUUAAUAUUAAAAGUUUACUGUUUCAGUUUAGGUUUAAUUUCGAAAGGUUAUUUAAUUUCUAGAAAUAAGUUGAUAAAUAUUUUAUUGUAAUCUUUGCAACAUAAGUAAUAUUUCCUUACUCUCUUUCCAGUUGUCUCUAUUUGAGAUCACUUUUAAACAGGGCCGUAACCAGAAAAUAAUUUUGGGAAGGGUUUAAAAUCUUUCAUGCAAAACUUUCCGCUAUUUGUGCUAAUAUUCAAGUCGUCGGGGUUAUCUAUUAUGAAAGCGUUUUAUGCAAUUAAUAUACAUAUGAAAGACAUUUGAGUUUUGGAACAAUAUUUUUUGGAAAUUUUUAAAUAUAAACAAACAUUUAAAUGUCAAAACCAAACUUUUUUUUUGGGGGGGGGGGGAGGACGACGACGACACUCUAAGACUCCCCUCCCAUGUAUACGGCCCUGCUUUUAAAUUUUAAAGAAUCAGCCCGUUUUUCUUAUUGCAAAAUUCUGAUAAAAUUUGUUAAAAAUUCACGGAAUAUUUUAGUAUUUCCGAAUCGCUAAUUCAAUAACAUAAGAAAGAGCUCAUUGGUCCUUAAAAUAAAAAUUAGGAACUUUGGUUGGUGGGCUUAAAAAAAUAAGUGGUCACUUUUUUCGAGAAAACUUAUUUUUUGAACCAGGGGUCUCCAACUUAUAAGAAAGACAGUUUAAAAUUGCAUUUCUGAGACUUCAAUUUCAAAAAAAUUCUGGACGAAUUUCUAACGAUUUCGGGGAAUAGUUGCCAAGCCCUUCCUGAUGGUCUCAACAUAAGAGUAAAAGACUUCAUUUCCAAAAAGUUUCCAAAGAGAACAUCUGAAUUUUCAUUUCUGUAGGAUCACAAAUUCUAAAACUAAUUUUCAAGGGGGGAAAGCCUUUGACGUCUCCGAAGAUAACUUAAAGUUGAUUUCAUUUUUGAAAAAUAAUUGGGGGAGGGAAUCACAACCCCUCUAUCCCUUCAAUUUGCUAAAUUUGCCAAAAAAUGUGAAUUUUGGAAAUUUCUCUUCAGUUGGACUGUGAAAUCAAUUCCCCCGAGCAUCUGCAACACCACCAAAGAUUGACUAAAAUUGCGUUUCUAAGACUUCAAUUUGGAAAAUUUUCCGAAUCCACCUCUGCCCCUCUUCUGAUUCAAAGACAGCCUGAAACUUUUAUAGACUUAUAACUUUUGGUAUCUAUCUUUUGGCAUAAGGAGGUAGCUAAAGCUGUCAUCAUGUUGGACCUUGGCUUGCCUCUCCCUAACGUGAAAGCUGGCUGCACCCAUGUUACUGAGCGCUUAUUCAAAAAAAAA